AUGGAUCGUCGGUAUCGUCGAAACUCGCGCAGUGGAAGUCGAUCUCCACCACGUCACCGAAGCCCCGGGCGUGGACGUCGACGUCGCAGUCGUAGUUAUAGUCCAAGCCCAAGUCACAGUGUUGCGGGCCAUCCGUUACAAGCUUCUGAAGGUAGCAAAGGAUGGACAAGAGACCGCAAUGAACGCAAACGAAGCGUCAGUUACGACCGUCAUCAACAGCGAGAGACAACGAAGAGGGCAAAGUGGAUCAAUAGAGAACAUGAUCAUCAUCAUAAAAGCAGAAGAAGCACAAGUCGUAGCAUGGAGAAGCGCAUGACGAAUCGUAGUCGAGACUUUAAUCAUCGGGACUCGAGUCAUCGACGCAGUCCCAGUCCACGUCGUCGUAGUCCCCCUAAUCAACGCCACUUGAUGCAAAGCCGUAGUCCAACUCCAAGGCGACGCAGUCCAACUCCAAGGCGACGUAGUCCUACUCCAAAACGACGCUGUACUUCUAGUGAAAAACGACGCAAUUUUAUUCCCCAUCACCGCAGCCCUAGUCGGCAACGUCGAAGUUCCAGUAUUCAUCAUCGCAGUGCCAGCUCACAAGGUUACAGUGGCAGCCCACACCACCAUAGUCAUCAUCGGCAAACCAUACGUCACCGUAGUCCCAGCCCACGUCGACACAGUCAACAACACAAACGCAAUUCUAGUCACCGUAGUACUAGUGGCUGUCGGCGAAGACACAGUCCAUGUCGCGAUCAACGAAGUCGAUCACGGUCUAAUUCCCGUAGAUACCAAAUUCAGGAUGCUGCUUCACGAUCUAAUUCACCACGUCGUCGCAGUAAUAGUCGCAAGAUGGACAGUCAAUUCACGGAUAAUCCGACAGACAGGCAGUCGACGAUUGCACUGUCUUCUUCAGCGGCACGUACGCCAGUAAAGGAGAAGUCCGCAGAUUUUUCUAAUGGCAAGGAGUGCCGGAAGGAGUCAAUCAAAAGGGACAGUAAAAUAGAUGAGCAUCGCUCAUCUACCGCUGGUAACGAUGACCAGAGAGGCGGCAACAUGCAUGGUGAUUCUUGUGGUACCAACCACCAAAAAGUGCAUAAUCGCUGUCCCGUCCAGCAAGGCGCCUGCGCUACUUCGUCUUCAACUGCAGUGCAAGGGCCGUCAGCGCCAGUAAAGACAGCUACUGUCUCAGACCGCGCGAAAACUUCUUUCCCACGUGGUGACCAUAGUAGUGCUUCGACGCCCACGAGGUCAACUGAUGUCAGCGGAAAUCACCACACCUUUUCUCCUGUGGUAAACCCUGUUGUGGAGAAAAAGCGUCAGGCGCAGCGUGAAAGCCACCGCGCGUAUCUCAAAAGUAAUAGUGAUUACAACCGUGCCGAGAUGAAGUACGUGUCGAUUGAAGCUGAGCUUCGUCUUGCCGAGUUUUGGCUGGAUAUCAUGACGAAGAAUCUCGAAGACGUAGGCAAGCGUAUUGAGGUGCAUGACUGGAACUUCCAGAAAAUCACAAACCAGGAUGAAUCUAAUGUGGCCUGA